AUGAAUGAUAGAUCAGUGCCAAGCAUACCGGGUACACGAUGUUUGCCCGAGGUGGAGUUGUAUCUUAAACAACAAGUAGCGUUGAUUCUACGUACCAGAGUGAACCACUUUCCUGGGUCUCAGCCGGUUUCUUUCACCCGGGAACACCUCCACAACAAUUUACUAAGAAAAGACUAUUUGGUCUGUGAAAAAAGUGACGGGCUGAGAGUUUUAUUAUUUGUGCUAGUCAACCCGGACACUAAUGAAGAAGGGUCCUUUUUGAUUUCCCGAGAAAACGAGUAUUAUCAUAUACCUGAUUUCCAUUUUCCUAGAUCAGAGAAAGAUUUUGAUAUUAGUCACAAUGGUACGAUUGUUGAUGGUGAGUUAGUUUAUUCGACCAACCCAGUCACGAAGGUAAAAGAGGUGAGAUACCUUAUUUUUGACUGUCUUGCCAUGGAUAUGAACAGCGUGACACAUAAAAACUUGUGGAAAAGACUUUAUCAUGCGCAGCAUGAAUUUCAUAAGCCAUACAGUGAGUUACGUCGGAAGUUCCCAGAUGCAUGUAAGGAUUGGUUGUUCAAGUUAGAUUUCAAGAACAUGACCCAACCAUUCAAAAUCCAUAAAAUUUUCAACGAAAUGAGAAACCUUACUUAUGUUUCCGAUGGUUUGAUACUUACCUGUUGUGAUACUCCAUAUAUAUCGGGUACUGAUCCGACGUUGCUCAAAUGGAAACCAUCAGAGGAAAAUACUAUUGAUUUUAAAAUCAAGCUGGAAUUCCCAAAGUACAUUGAUAAUGACUUACCAAAGCACGAUCCAAACAGAGAGUACACCAAUUACGAUGUGAAGCCUAAGUUCAAGUUAUAUGUCUGGAAAGGUGGCGAUGCCCCACAUCAACAUGAAAGUGUAGAACUGAAUAUCAAGAGAAAUGGAGGUGAAUUCAAAAACUCUUUCCAGAACUACGAUGAAUGGAACGAAUUAGACGUGAGUGAUGAGCAAUGGGACAAGUUGAAGAAAUCUGGAGAGUCUUUCAAUGGGCGUAUUGCUGAAUGUAGACAGCGUCAAAAUGGAAGUUGGGAAAUGCUUAGAUUUAGAGACGACAAGAUGAACGGUAACCAUAUAAACGUUGUGUUGAAAAUUUUGAAAUCUAUUGAAGACUCUGUGACCAAGGAUGAGUUAAUUGAGCUCGAGCCACAAGUUAAAGCGAGGUGGGAAGAGCGAGAGAGGAUGAAACGUAAGGCUCAACAACAACAGCACGAUUUUGUUCAUCACAAUAGCCAUGGUCAAGUUCACCAUGGCCACAACCCCGCCAAGCCACCUCCUCCUGUCGCUGUGGGGGAAAAGAGGAAACACGAAGCUGAACAGCCUGAACAGAACAAAAGAGAGAAAAUUGGAGUUGAAGGCUCUGAGAAGGUCGACGAUGACGAAGAGUUUUAUGAGUCGGACGGUUUUGAAGAAAUGCCAUCCUAUAAAAAUUAG